ACUAUUUUAGCUUCCACGGAUUUAUAGCCACCAAUUCCAUCCACUCACUCACUACACCCUCUCUCUCUCUCUCUCUCUGCAGCCUUUCUCGCUCAGAUCUCUCACCAUAAGUUUCAGGAUCAGUGGGCUUUUUUUUUUUCUUGGUCUCUCCGAUCUUGUUCAUCUGUUCAUAAAUAGAGAAUCUAUCAAAUCUCAAUAAUAAAUAAUAUAAUGACUCGCGGCAACCAAAGAGAGCGAGACCGUGAACGGGCUCAGGCUCGCGCCGGCGGCAAAGCUAAGCAGCCAAAAGGCGAUGGCCUCACCCCCGAACAACGCCGUGAAAGGGAUGCUAAGGCACUACAAGAAAAGGCAGCAAGGAAGGCGGCACAAUCUGCAGGCGGGAACAAUGCCGGUGGUGGUGGAUUAAAAAGAUGAGAGAUGUUAAUUGUAGGGCCAGUAGAUAUGGGGAUGUGAGUUUAUGGUUGUUGGAGUCAUCAUCAUGUGUUUUAUGUCGUUUGAAAACAAACUGAUUUGAAUGUUUGCUUGGAGGGCAUAUUCAUAAUCUUGGCUUCUAAACCUUCUAUUUGUCUCUGAUUUAGAAAUGAGAAUUCCUAUGUAGCUUUGUGCAA